UUACUCCCCUCCUCCUCCCUCCCCUCCUCUCCUCUCCAGGUUCCGAUGAUUCUGGUGGGUAAUAAAUGUGAUCUGGAGGAUGAGCGUGUUGUGGGGAAGGAACAGGGCCAGAACCUGGCCAGACAGUGGAGCAGCUGUGCUUUCCUGGAGUCCUCUGCAAAGUCCAAGAUCAACGUCAACGAGAUCUUCUAUGACCUGGUCAGGCAGAUCAACAGGAAAACCCCAGUACCUGGGAAGACACGCAAAAAGUCCAACUGUCAGCUCCUCUAAUACACAGCUGCUCUGUCGCACUGAGCCAGGUCUGAUUUGCUGCUGUCUCUCUCAGCAGUGCCAGCAUUCCGACGUUACUAAAACCUAAGAUGGAAUGGACUUUCCUGUGUGGUGAAGCCCCUUUAAACAACAACAAACAAACAAACCCACCAACGGUUCAAAGCUACAAUACAUCACUUUUUACACACAGAUGAACCAUUAUCUCUCUCCAGUGUCACGAGAACAAGAGUUCUACUUAGAAAUAUAGAUAUUCUAACUGUAUGCAACUGAAAUGAAAAAAUUCAGUUCAUAAAAUAAAGUAAAUUUAAUAAAUAAAAUAGGUAAAUCAGUCAAUAUGAAUCAAAAUAAAAAUCCGGAUCCCUACACACAGUGUUAUUGCUAACGGAGACAGUAGCCGUAGAAACGGAUGUCUAACCAGAAUGUGCACGUUGCCAUGGUGAGUAGCUACAAUGAUGUGGUAUUUAUAAGCGCCUCUAUAUUAGCCAGAGAAAAGAGAGAGUCCCAAAGAGCACCUAUAUAGUCCGGUUCAUACAGCUAACUUGCUCCUGUGGUUUCUUUUCUAACAUUUUAUUUGUACCUUUUGAUUUUCCUUCGAUCAUUCAACAUAAUUUUUCUGUCUUUUUAUUUCUUUUAAAAUGACUAGUUUGGUCUCCACUGAGAGAUGCUAUACUGCGACAGCUAUUGAUAUGACUUUUAUUUGAGGAGUAAACCUGUGGAUACAACAGUGAUUAUUAUAUGUGUAAAAAGAAAAAAGUAUCAUGUUUUUUCAGUAACUAUGAAAUUGUCUUUUAGCCUGAUGAUGUUGCCUUCAAAUAGGUUUUUUUCUUUCUGGAGAAUCCAACUAUGAUCCAAUCAUCUUUCUUUCUGGAGAAUCCAACUAUGAUCCAAUCAUCCUUCUAUGUCAUGCCUGGGUUUCCUUGUGUGCGUCUGAAAUGGCACCCAAGUGUACUACAUUUGACCAGAGCACAAUGGGUUUCCCCUAUUGGUUUCCCUAUGGGCCCUGGUCAAAAGUAGUACACUAUAUAGGGAAUUAGGGUGCCAUUUUGGAGGCAGCCCUUGUGUUGUUUACAAAGAUGUUUGUACAGUGGGGUUUUUCAAUUGGGGUUGUGGUCAAAGAGGGACUUGACAUUUUAACAAGCUACCCAACUUCUGAGACACCAGUGGCCGACGUGACUGGGCGAUCCUCAUCAUGUUUUUUAUUCUUCAUCCUUCCAAGGCCGUCUCUCAUUGGUUUGGUUUGUCCAGUUAGCCAAUCCCCUCUUACAGAAUCUGCGAUCUACAACAGGAAGUAUAGAUUUUUUUUUGUCAUUGGUGAUGUUAUUCUCCACACUUCUGUUGUAGAGCAGCGUUUCUCAAACUGGGUCCUGGGGACCCCAAGGGGGGCACCUUUUGGCACUGCACAGCUGAUUCAAAUAAUCAAGCUUGAUGAUUACUCAAAUAAUCUGUGUAGUGCUAGGGCAAAACCAAAACAUGCACCCAGGGAGGGCCCCAGGACCGAGUUUGGGAAACGCUGCUGUAGAUUCCCACUGUACUCCCUCUCCUUUUCUAAACCAGCCUCUCUCCCCUUCUCCCACAGCCCCUCUCCCCUAUCUCCCCCUGUCCUCUAGUCUCUUUCCCC